UUGUUUUUUUUUUGUCUGUCUUCGCUGGCAAGUUCAUGGACUUUCUGGUUUUAAAGUUGACAAGAAACUAUCUCCUCCUAGCAAGCUGAGAGGUACAGAAAAGGCGAGCUUGCCAGGCUGAAGUUACAGGAGCAAUUCCGGGGAAUGUAAGGACUAGACGAUGGGCUUAAGUGACUUGCCCAGGGUCACAAAGCCAGGAAGGGUCUGAGGCAACAUUUGAACCUAGGAUCUCCCAGGGUCAAUCUCAGCUCUCAAUCCACUAAGCUACCCAGCUACCAAGCUAGUCCUAAAAUUAGUCUUUUCUUAGAGUCUUUCUGUAAUCAGGAAAAUAGUUUCACCUGUUGGAUAGGUGCACCAAACUGAAGUCCAAAUUAGCACCUGAUUUCCCUAAGUGCUUAGAUACAAGGUACCACCCUUCUCUAACAAUUUAGGUCCUUAGCAGCUUUUUAGUGGGUAAAAUACCCCCACGGAUAUCACGGACUGGCCUUUGGAGAGCGCCUCAGGAAAUAAAAGGAGGCGGGGCUCUUGGUUUCUCUUUGUGGGGACUUGAAGUAACUCACAAGUGGAUGCUUUAAGGCUUCUCCAUUCCUUCCAGUCCUUGGGAGCAAGAUUUUUUAUUCUUCCCGCAGCACUCCCUGGCACACCUCAUUUGGAUCCUGUCUUCUGCCUCGAAGGAACAUGGACACCAAACCUCCACCCGAUUCUUUGAAGCCUGGCUCUAACCUACCUGCAAGAAGAAAACGAACAAUAUUUAGUAAAGCACAAAGAAAUAUUUUGAUCGACUACUUUCAAAAGGACAACUACCCUGGUAUAGAAGAAAGAGAACAACUUUCCAAGAUGAUCAAUGUUCCCGAAGACAGAAUACAGGUCUGGUUCCAAAACAGAAGAGCUAGAAGAUCAUUGAAUCCAAAACAGCUUCCAUCUCAACCUUCUACAAGCUUAGGUGAAAUUCAGGGAGAGGACCUCUCUGAAAAUGCUCUGUCAUCACCCAGUAUGUCUGGGUCUUCCUCCAGCACAGAUGAAGAGCCUAGUCAGGAAGUUGGCCAAAGGACUAGCUGCUCCCCAAAGAGAAAGAAGGUGGAUUCAGCCACUGAGGAUGCUUGCUCAAGUGCCCAAGGACAUUACUCUGAUUCCUCCCCAACCACAAAUGCCUCAACUGAACUUCAGCUUUGUACAAUGUCCCAAAGAAGUUCCAGUCAGUGUGCACCUUCCUCAGCUCUUCAGAGUACACCUGGGCCACAAAACUAUGGCCCACACACCUCUUAUGAGCCUAGUCAGGAAGCUGGUCAAAGGACUAGCUGCUCCCCAAAGAGAAAGAAGGUGGAUCCAGCCACUGAGGAUGCUUGCUCAAGUGCCCAAGGACAUUACUCUUAUUCCUCCCCAACCACAAAUGCCUCAACUGAACUUCAGCUUUGUACAAUGUCCCAAAGAAGUUCCAGUCAGUGUGCACCUUCCUCAGCUCUUCAGAGUACACCUGGGCCACAAAACUAUGGCCCACACACCUCCUAUUAUGGAGUGAACUCACUACCUCAUGGUCAAGAGCAAAACUGGACAAAUAGACAGAUUUAUUUAAAAUAUUACCUGUUGCCUUUUCAGCAUGCAGAAGAGCUCCCAUGUCAGCUGCAGCAAUAUGAACCUCAGCAGUCAGCAGCCCUGUUGCUCUUGGUGCCUCAACUCCCCACCUUCCAGACACAACACAUAACUCCAUCUCUGAAUCAAGCACCAGAAGAGCUUCAAGGCCAGCCAUGGCCACCUCCAUUGUUGAUAGGGGAAGAGCACCAACAAGAACUGAUUCUCAUUGAUCUAUCCAAGAGAACCAUUGGACUUGAGUCUCCAUGGUUGCUUCCUGAUGGAGAUCCAGCUGACUCCCUGGAGGCUGCCCCACAGGGCAAUCCGAACAUCCUACAGGAAUAUCAGACAUGUUCUGGAAUAUAUGACCAGAAGGAUGUCACCCAUUCACACUUUUGGAAACUGGAGAGAGAGGGUGAAACAACUGAAGAAAUGAAGAGAGGGGAAAAAACUGAUCCUCCCCUCUCUUCCCCUGGGGGAAGAUAGCACAAUUUGUCUUCCAGAGGGACAGAAUAUGUCUCCUCAAAGAUUGGGUUUGGGAGGUGGAGGUUAAGGACUGGAGGAGAAGGUCUUAGAGAAAUGACCCACAGCCUCCCUUCUUAAUUUUGGCUGUUGCUGAGAGGCAGGGUAAACUUCCUACCUCUGGAUCCUCCCAGUAUCCCAACUGCCACCCUUCCAUUUGAGACCUAUUUCACUCCUUAGCUCCGGUCUUGAACUAUUCUCCCUUUUGGGAAAUAGUAUGAUUCUCCCCAAAGCUUCAGUCUCCUUCUUUGAUAUCAGAAUGCAGUCAGACCUAUCUAAAAGGUAACACUUUAUUCUUGAGGACUCGCAGGGCAGGGAGAAUGAAGGUGUUGGUUGAGGAAAGUGGGAGAUAGAAAUCCUUAUAGCUUAGCAACUGACCUCCCAUCCAAAUCCUGAGGGGUUCAAGCUGUCUGCCUGACAGUUGUUGGGUUUGUCCUUCCUUCGAAGCUAAUCUGGCUAUGAGUUGAAGUUCAGGACAAUUAGGGGAAAGAGAGAUCUUCUCAGUAGAUAGCUUCCUAUGACGUCCUAGUCUACUUUUGUCUUCAGCUGGAACCAGAGGGAUUUAGGGGUUCACUGGAAAGUAGUCAAUGUGCAGAGGGAUCCUCCAAUUCAGAGGUCCUCUUUUCAGACUGUGCCCUCCAAAGAGAGCUGGUCAGAAGUGAGCUGACAGUUUUGAAUUCCCCCAGAUCAUCUGUGUUUCUUCUUGGAAUCUUGAGUCUUCCUUGCCCUUCCCCAGCUUGGGCUGUUCCUUUGCAUUGCUGGAUCUGAUUUUUUUCCUUUUGCAACUUCUCUCUCUUACAAAUUCCCCCUUUUUCAUCUUAUGCAGGUUUGUCACCUUGACAAUUGCACUUACCUUACUUACUUUUCCUUACUUACUUUAGUUUCUUAGUAUUAAAUUUCUAUCUAUAUUCUGUACCCUACAUCCCCCUCCCAAAAUAAAAAAUCUUUUGACACUUAACUAUGUUUUACUCCUAACUUAAGCUUAAUUUGGCUAAUUAAAACUAUGCUAAAAUAGGGGUUCUGGGAAAAGAUUCAGAGUAGGUGUGUUUUGUUACAAAGGUUGAUAUAAUUCAGUAACAUGUAUUUGGACUAACAAUGUCCUAUAACAAUAUGUAACAAUGUUAAUUUAACUAUCUAGGUAAUAUUUUCCCAACUCCCUAUAUUAUCUUAUGCUUUCUUAACUUCUCUAGCUAUUGCAAUUUCUUUAACAUUUAAGAAUUUGUAUGUGUUCUAUGUUAUGCUAGUUCUAUUCUUUGCCUCUCACUGGCUCUCUAAACUUUGAACUUCCCUUUUCAGUCCUGACUAUCCUCUUUCCCUGAUUUGAGUUAUGUUAAGAUUGUUAGGUGAUUCCUCCCCUAUGUUAGUGCUCUAAAAUUCACACGUGCAUGUGUGUUUUCUGUACAAUCAUUACAUAUGAUACAAACUUUAUACAUAUUAAAUAUAUACAUGAGUUCUGCUUUGGAGUCAACCAGACAGAAAAGUUUUUUUCUUGUUCUAUUCUUCCUGUUUGAGUCUUGUAAGAACUUUAUAAGUUUGUACAUUUUUCAUUAUCAUGGACCUUGCUUAUCUACAAGGCCCCUAAAUCAGUGUGUUUCAUGAUUAUGUUCUAAAUAUGUUGUGUGGUCUGUGCAUUCUUACUCCCCGAAGAUGAAUCUUCUUCACAUAUUGAUUGAUGUUUCUAUUUUCUCAUUGCACAUUUAUGUGCAUGUUGCAUGCAUGUCCUUAAUGUGAAGUUAAUAUGCAUGGUGCUUCAUCUUAAGUGACAUGUUCUUUGAAGUUCCUUUUACCCUACAUAGUGUUCCUUUUGUCCACUUAAAGUCUCUGAUGUCCUGGAAGGAUUUUUUCCUGGUCCUGAUGGCUUCAUCUUUGCAGGAGACAUAUCUGUCAUCUCACUUUAAUAGUAGCCUUCUCUCUCCUUGCACUGGAACAUGCAUAUAUGUAAGAUUUGUUGCUAUAGUAUGAGUGUGUAAGAUUGGUUGAUAUUGUGUGAGUGUAAAUCUGAUUGGUUAAGAUUAUGUGAAUGUGGGUAAGACUUUGUGGAGUUUUCCUUGUUUGCCUUCAGAUUUUUUUGAAUAUAUGUAAUGUCCUUCAUGUCAUAGAAAGUAUGAGUGAGAGAGGAGAAUGGAGAAUUAGAUAGAUAUAAAGGGAGAGUAAUGGGUUUUCUGCUUCUUGGAUUAUGAUCAGUCUUUCUUCUGUCAUCAUUCAUAUCUCAGUAUCACUUUGUUCAGGGCUGCGUAUAGCUUGUUUUCCUUAUUCCUGUCAAUUUCUCAAUGGGUUAGUACUUCUUGUGUAUCGUCCGGGGCAUUUUCUGAUCUGAUUUCGUCUGGGCCAACUAGGACAAAGUAGUGUUUGACAUGUGAAGCAUUGUACCAUGGUUCUUUUCCUAUGAUUUUGAUUGACAUAGAGGUUGUAAAAUUGCAACUCGGAAUGAUCCAUUCCAUUUUGGAUCUGUUGCUGUGCUUCUUGUAAAGUUUUUCACAUAUGCCAUGUCUCCAGAGUUGAUGUUGUGUACAGCAAAGUGCACCAUUAAGCCUAGAUUGAGUAGUUCUUUCAGUCUGUCCGGUAUAUUUGUCAGGUAAGUGUGUAACUGGCACUCCCCUCCCAGCAUGGAAAUGUAAGAAUACUUUGCAGUCCUUCCAUGCCAGAGAGGCUGUCCAAACAGUAAUUUAUAUGUGGAUAUGUGCAAAUCUUCCCUGGGCUUUGUCCUCAGGUGGAAUAGUGCAAGUGGGAGAACUUCUGUCCACUUGAGGUGUGUUUGUGCACAUAAUUUUCCCACUGCAGUUUUAAGUUCUCUAUUCAUUCUUUCCACCUGUCCCAAACUGCCCAGAUGGUAAAUUGCAUGUAGAUUUUCUUCUAGAGACUUGUAAGAUUUUAGCUGUGAAAUGAGACCCUCUAUCAGAAUCUAUGCUGUCUGGAAUGCCAUAUCUGGGGAUGAUCUCUUUUAGGAGUGUCUUGACUACAAAGGCUGUGUUAUUCUUCUUGGCUGGGUAUGCUUCUGUCCACCAGGUCAACCUGUCCACCAUCACUAGGGCAUACUUAUAUCCUUUGUCACUAAAUAUGUUAAUAUGAUCUAUCUGCAAACAUUUGAAUGGCAUGACAGCUAACAGUCUACCCCCUAAUGCUUUGCUUUUAAAAUGACCUUGGUUGUAUUGCCUGCAAAGAUCACAUGCCUGGCAUACUCUUACAUAUGUAGAUAUCCCUGGUGCUGCCCCAAAUCUCCUAAUUUCAUCUAACAAUGCCAUGGUGCCAUAAUGUCCUUUGGAAUGCAUGCCAUUGCAGAGAUGGUAGUACAAUAUCCUGGGCAAAAUGGGUUUCACUCCUUCUGCUAUCCAGAUCCCAUUCACUAGUUUUGCUUCCAAUUGUUGUUUCCAUGGCUGAACCUCUCCUUCAUUGUAAGCUUGUAUGAUAUCUUGCUUUUCUACUAGAGAGAAGUUCAGCACAUGUAUGGGACCAAAUCUGGCUGCAAAUUUUGCAUAUCCCUUGGGAUAUCUUAUCUUUGCCAAAGGAGUGAGCUUUGCAAUGUAUUAUAGCUACUUCUCUUGGAAAAAGAAUUCCAUCUAAGAGUUGUUAUAAAUUUCCCAUAAGCUAUGUGUUUCCCAGCUGAUGUAAUGAACUCUUUAUUCUUACAUAUAUCCCCUGUACCAUGAAGAACCGAAAAUGCAUAAUUUGAGUCAUGGUAAAUGUUGAUUCUUUUGUCUUUGCCUAAGAUGAGAGCAAUGGUAAGAGCUUUUAGUUCUGCUCCCUAAGCACUGAUAUGGCUAGGCAGAGAGACAUGCCAUAGCAUGUCAGUUUGUGUAACUACAGAUGUACUAGUGACUCUUUUAUUUUGGUGUAUGUAAGAAAAUCCAUCAGAAAACAUUUUCAGGUCAACAUCAAUGAUUGGAGUAUCUUUCAGAUACUGUCUGGAUUUCUGCACUAGUUCUAUUGUUUGUGCACAGUCGUGCAGUGGCUCUCCUGCUAAAGGUAAGUCAGGAAAAGAGUUGCCAGAUUUAAUAGUGCACACCAGUAUAGGGACAGGUUUUAAUUGUCUAGCAGGAUGACUUUAUAUUGGGAUAAUCUGGCAGAUGUAAAUACUUGCAUGUUAAUCCUUUUUAGAAUCUUCUCUAUUUGAUGAGCAGAGUAUACAUGUAAUCUGCAUCUGUGUUGCAGAAAAUCCCUAAGGAGUGUAAAGCAGGGAGUUCAAUAGAAGCUGUGGGUGUGACAGGAAGACCUCAAAAAGUCAAAAAGCUAGAACCAAGAAUGGUUUCACUUGGACCUCUAAGUAUAGAACACUCUUUUCUUUUAAUGCCAAAUUCCCCAAUGAAUUUAGUGAAUAGGGAUCCUCUUCGUAAAUUGAGAGCAAUUGUCCUAGUCUACUUUUUGUCUUCAGCUGGAACCAGAGAGAUUUAUGGGUUCACUGGAAAGUAGUCAAUGUCCAGAGAGAUCCUCCAUCUCAGAGGUCCUCUUUUCAGACUGUCCCCUCCAAAGAGAGAACUGGUCAGAAGUGAGCUGACAGUUUUGAAUUCCCCCAGAUCAUCUGUGUUCCUUCCUGGAAUCUUGAGUCUUCCUUGCCCUUCCCCCACUUGGGCUGUUUGCAUUGCUGGAUAUGAUUUUUUUUUUUUCCUUUUGCAACUUCUCCCUCUUACAGUCGCCAAAUGUCUGGCUGAUUCCCAAGGAUAUAUGGCUGAUCCUGAUGAGUAUCUGACUGACUUUCUCAGUGAUUGGUUGGAGACACCAGAUGACAGAUUCCUAAAUCUCUCAUAUUGAGAUACCUUAAUAUCUCUACUAAAUGGUGAAUUUUCAGUUAAAUGAGAAAUAGAGAUCUCGAGUUAUUUUGAGGAAUAUGGAUAGCAUGGUGUGAUAGGCACUAUAAUAAAAUCUUUGUCUUAUUCUGUCAAUUAAGGGUAGAUUUCAUCUGUGAGUGCUUGAGCAGAUCCAAGGCCAACCUGAGUGGUGGGAUAGGAUUUUGAUUUGUUUGGGGUUUUGUUUUUUAAGUUUGUGUUCUGAAGGGUCAGUAUUCAUUUCAGAAUUAAGUUGAGCUUUGAGUAAUGACAGCAAAUAAAAAUACUCCAAGGUUUAACACUGAUAGGAGUAUUACUAUGCUUUCAACGUCCUUAGACAACUCUAAGACCAUAAGCUUCAGAGAAUGUUCACUUACGUUGGAAAGAGACUCUCCCCAGAAGCUCUAUACACAUAAGAAUCACAAUUCAGAGCUGUAUUCAAAACCAAACACAGUAGUAAAUAUAUUUGUGUUUGUAUGUGAAUAAAUGCUAUGUUAUUAUGUACUAUAACACAUUACCCCCAAAGUAUAAAUUCAUUAGUCCAUUUAUCCUAUAAUCCUCUUCAUUGCAAAUUUCACAAAGUCUUUUAAAUUCAUAAAUUUUCAGUCUUUUAACAAUGUCCAUUAACUCCUGAAUUCUCUUCAUCUGCAUUGUCCUCUUCUAUUCUCUUCUGAAGGAAUGGUCCUCUCCUUACUGAUCUUUUUGACUGUAGACUCAAUUUGACUGAUGACUCUAUCUUUCUGCAAUCUCUUCUUCAUUUUCUUCUUCUACAAUGAUUUGUACAUUUUCAUUAUUUAUACCAUGUGCUAAUUUUAUAUGUGAACAAUGAUGUCAGGAAUCUAUCCAAAAGUUUUACUGAAGAUGGAGAAACUAGCACAAUAGUGUAAGAACCUAGCCAAGUUUCCUGUGUUGCUGAUGUUUUAGCAAAAUUUUUUACAUAUACCAUAUCUCCUGGUUCAUAAUUAUGAAGAGAAUAAUCCAGAGGACCCGUAUGAAUUAAUACUCCCAUAUCAUGUAAUUCUUUUAGUCUUUGUUUUUGUAAAGCACUUAAGUAAGAAGCCAGUUGACAGUCUCCUCCUAAGAGAGAUGUAUAUAGACUGUCAUAGAAGUUUUUGCUUGUAGUGGAGCAUGUCCAAAGAGCAUUUCAUGGAUGAUAUAUGUAAAUCUGCUCUUGGCCUCAUAUGUAGGUAAAACAAAGCUAUGGGAAGAAUUUCUGGCCAUUUGAGAUGAGUUUCAGCACAGAGCUUUCCCACGAUAGUAUUUAUUUCCUUAUUUACAUGCUCUACUUGCCCUGAAUUUUGUGGAUGAUGAGGCACAUGAUAUUUUGGUGUUAUUCCUAGAUUUUCAUAGACUCUUUUCAGGAUAUUAUGAGUGAAAUGGAAUUCUUUAUCAGAGUCUAUUGUUAAUGGUACUCCAAAUCUAGGUAUAAUUUCCUUAAUCAACACUUUCACCACAAAGCUAGCUGUAUUUGUAUUUGAUGGAAAAGCUUCAGGCCAUUUGGUUAAUCUAUCAACAAUUACCAAGCAAAACUUGUAUCUUCCAGCUUUUGGCAUGCUGAUAUGAUCAUUCUGCAGAUUCUCAAAUGACAAUAUGCUAAAGGUCUACCACCUAAACCUUUUUGUUUGAAUGAUCCUUGAUUGAAUUUUUGGCAAACAGAACAGCUGGAGCAGAUCUUAUUUGCUACAGUACUUAUUCCAGGGACAAAACAUUGUCUCUUUACAGUAUCAGUUUGAGUACAAAAAUGACCUUUUGUGUGAAUGGCUUGACACAAAUAGGUAUACAGGUCUUUUGGUAACAGCUGUUUUCCUAUAUCUGUUAACCAUAUGCCAUGUUCUUUUCUUGCUCCAAGCUUCUCUUUCCAUUUUUGUAUUUCUGCAUGUACAUAAGCUUUUUCUAGAUCAUCAGAUUCUAUAGUUGAUAAGUUCAUAAUAUACACUGGGGCAUUUCUGGCAGCAAAUUUUGCAGUUAUAUUAGUUCUGAUUUCCUUUAGCAACUGAAUCUCUUCUACUAGUAUGACUUCUACAAUAGAUUACCGCUAGUUGUUUAGGCUUCUGGAUAGCAUCCAACAACUCAGCUAUUAUUUCUGCAUGAGCAAUUGGUUUUUCCGAUGUAGUGAUAAAACCUCGUUGUUUCCAGUUCCUUCCUGUAGCAUGACAAAUGGGAAAAGCAUAAUGUGAGUCUGUGUAAAUGUUUGCACUUUUACUAUCUGCCAGAAGACAUACUUGCUUCAAAGACCAACUCUGCAUUUUGAGGACUAAGGUUACUAGGUAAUGAUCCAUACCACAGUGUCUCAAAUUCUGGGACAAUUGCAGCACCUGUACAUCUAAUUCCAUUGCACAAAUAUGAAGAACCAUCUGUGAAUAAAACCAAAUCUGCAUUUUCAAUCGGAGUAUCUUUGAAAUCCAUCCUUGGCAUAUCCACUAGAUCUAAUUCUAAACAUUCAUUUUUUGGCAAAUCAGGAAGAAGUGUAGCUGGAUUUAAUACACUGUACCUUUUCAACGUGAUGCUUUCACUACCUAGAAGUAUAAUUUCAUACUUAGAUAUUUGUUGGUCUGAAUAUGCUUGAGUAUAAAAUUUACUCGUUAGUGUUUCUAUUUGAUGUGAACAAAAUACUGUCAAUGGACAUCCCAAAACUAAAUCUGAUUUCUGAACUAACACAGCUGCAGCAACUGUAACCCUUAAACAAGGAACUGUACCUGCAGCAAUUGGAUCUAGCUGACAACUAUAGUAUCCAAUUGGACGAUAACUUUGUCCUAAAGUCUGUGUCAGUACACCAGAUGCAAUUCCUUUUGGCUCAUCCACAAAUAAUUGAAAAGGUUUAGUAUAGUCUGGGAUUCCAAGUGCUGGUGCAGAUAAAAUAGCUUCCUUAAGCUUACUUAAGGCUUGUAGAUGUUCAGGUUUGAGUUUUAGAGGUUCUGGUUCUGUAUUCCUUGUUAGAUCUGUUAAACAUUUAGUAAUUUCAUUAUACCCAGGUACCCAUUUUCUACAAAAACCAGUUGUUCCAAGAACAGCUCUGAGUUGCUUCUUGGUCUUAGGUGCACCCAGUUUCUGGAUAUCAGCUAUUCUUUUCUUAGUGAUACUUCUGGAACCCUCUGACAACACAAAACCAAGAUAUUCAACAUGAGGCAAAACUCAUUGAAGUUUUGCUUUAGAGAUUUUAUGUUCAUGCUUAUGUAAAUUAAUCAAAAGAAUCUUGCUAUUUCUUAAACACACUUUAGCAGAUGGAGGUGCUAGGAGGAUAUCGUCUACAAAAUGUACUAUUUUACUUUUUUUGAAUGAUAUUGUUUUAAGAUCUCUGUUCAAAAUUUGAGAGAAUUGGCUCAGGCUAUCACAGUAACCUUGUGGAAGAUAAGUGAAAGUCCACUGGGUACUGUCCCAUGUGAAAGCAAAGAUCUUUUGAGAAUCCACGUGAAUUGGUAUCAAGAAAAACGCUGAACAUAAAUCUACCAUGGUGAAAUAUCUUGCUUGACUUGGAAUAGAUGAGAUUAUAGCAGCUGAUUUUGGUACUAUAGGAUGAGUCUUUAUUACAUGAUCAUUUAUAGCUCUCAAAUUCAGUAUGAAUCUAUAGACAAUUCUGCCAUCUUGAUUGAGCUUUUGUUUCUUUAUUGGCAGUAUGGGAGUAUUGUAAUUUGAAAAAUAUGGUAUUAUGAUCCCUUGUUGAAUAAAGGACUUAAUAAUAAGUCUUAUUCCAUCUAUAGCUUCUUUACUCAAAGGGUAUUGAGGAACACAAGGAACUGAUCCUUCCUUGGUUCUCACUAUUAUUACUGGAUUAGCUGAUUUUAAUAGGCCUACAUCUGUGGAAGACUUUGCCCAUAAAUCUUCUGGUAUCUCCUCAGGAAUAGGAUAGAUGGGAUUCAACUCAUUCUCUGCACUGACUGAAUCUAAGAACAGCAAUGGAAAAGCUUUCAGAGAUUCUUCUGGGAGUUGUAAUGAUAUAUCCUCAGUGUCAGUACUUUGAAUCGUUGCUCGCAAUUUACAAAGCAAGUCCCUCCCAAGAAGGUUCAUUGGACAUUCUGGAAUUCAAAGAAAUGCAUGCUCCAUGGUUAAUGGACGUAAGGUAAUUAUUUUAGGUUGUAAUUUUGCUACUAUCUCUGGUUUUCCAGUAGCUACAAUCACUACCAUAGUACCAACAGCUUUACGAUCUUUAGGAAGACUUUGCAAAACUGACUUUCUGGCUCCAGUAUCCACUAAAAGAUCAUAUAUCUGAUCCCCUAUAGUUACAGAAACAAAGGACUUAGUACUAUUUGGAGGUUGGAAGGUUUCAAGAAUUGGCUCAAGCACAGGAACAUCAGUACAAAGCUCAGUCAUAUCCUGUCCAUCCAAGUCUACAUCUGCUUGAAUUACAUGACUUUCCCAGGAUUUUGCAUCAUCAGCUUUUAUAUUACUCUUAUUGGUCCUUAAAUUCUCCAUCUUAGUAUCAUUGUUCCCAUUUACAAUUUCAUUAUCAUUAUUUAGUUUAUAUUCUUCAUUAAUUUCUCUUAUUUUACAUUCAUUAGGAUUUUCUAUUAAAUUCAUAUUACGAUGUUCUUUCUCUGUUCAGUUAUUUACACCAAUUAUAGCCUCCUUUGAUUCAAUUAAUUCAUUUGUAUCACCAUGUAUUUUAUUUUCAUUACUCCCAAUUUCAUUUAUCCUCAACUCAUUUUCAUUUAUAUCACACUAAUUUCUUGACUUAUUCUCAUGUGUUUCUAGGGGAAACCUCAUAAGGCACUAGGAUUCUUACUGUGGUCACCCUUUACAACUUGGCUGUAUUUAGGUCUAGCUCCAGCAUUUACCCAAGACUGCAUAGUAUUUAAAUCUGGCUCUUGUUGUCCCUGGCAAUAGGCAUUCUGACAUUGAUUUGUAUACCUAUUUCGAUUAUUGUUGUUAUUAGUAUUCCAUUUAUUAUUAUAAUUAUUAUUACUACUCCUGUUAUUGUAUCUAUUAAGCCCAUUAUUUAAUUGUCUUCUAACCUGAUUCCUGAAUCUGCAGUCCUUGUACAGGUGUCCAAUACAAUCACACAGGAAACAGUGCCAAGGGCCCAAUAUCUCAUUAGGCUUAUAAUUGUUAUUAUUAUACUUUGAUGGUAGAGAUCUCAAUGCAGCCACAGCUUUUAUUUCUUUAAUUUCACUAUCUUUGGCCUUCAUUUCAGCUUCUUUUAAUUUCCGUUUUAUGUCCUCAAUAAUGGUAUCUCUCUCAUCAUUUUUAUCCUCCAAGUCAGUAGUCAAAUGUGUAGUUUUUUUUCUGUAAGUCAUCCAAAUCUAACUCUUCCCAGUCAGGGUAAUUUGUUUUAAAAAAUUGUCUGAUCUUUUGGACUGCAUUCUUUACAAAGACCCUCUUAAUAUUUGCAAUUGAGUUUUCUUCCAGUGGAUCCAUCCCUAGUAAAGUUUCAGCUGCCUUGGUUAUCCUUUCCAGGAAAACCGCAGGAACUUCAGAGAUCUCCUGUUUUAUAGCCUAAAAUUUUGACCAUGAAUUGGGCCUUUUGGUAUAUCUCCCCAUUGCCUUCAGGAUUGCAUCUCUUGCUUCUACUAAUGUAUCAUAAACCUCCUCAUCAGAUAUAUCCAACUUUAAGUCCUCUGGCCAAGAUUGCAAUAAAGGAUCUGUUCUUUCUUUCUGUAUAAAUUUGGUUCUCUUUCUGUCAAGACCUCUUUCAUCAGUAGGGCAAAAUCAUUGAAAUCUGGAUCGUAUAAUUCAAUUGCCAUAUGCAUCUCUUUAAUUUAUUAGGUUCGUUAUUGAAAUUUGGGGUCCUCCUUUUGAUGGAUUUCAGGUCUUCUGGGGAAAAUCUCUUCUGCAUCUUUACUUUAGGGACUUCAUUUUGCUUUACCACUGGCAUAUCCCUAAGUGGGCAUGAAGUAACUAUUCCUGAUGCUUCUUUUUCUAGUCUAUUUAGAUUUUUCCAUUAGUGUUUAAUCUGUUGUUAUCAUGUGCAAAACCUUGAUUCAUAUUCAUGCUUAUAAAUUGCUCUAGUGUAUCCAGUUGAGUUUUUAUUUGUAUAAUAAAAAAUCAUCUUUAUGUCAGAA